CGAUACUGAAUUACGUAGAAGUAGAUUUGCGUCGAUGCUGAGAGCAUCCUGUUUCUGUGUGCCACGAUGCUGAAGAGACUGCUUCUGCUUCUCUGUCUGACAGGACAUGUGUUUGCCAAAGAACCCCCCGAUGUGGAAUGUUUGGUGGUGCAUCUGAAAUAUGUUCACUGUUCUUGGAAUAAGCAGGGGACUCCAGAGGUCAAUUACACCUUCUACGGCUGGAUCAAAGGUGCCGACGUCAGUGAGUGCCCCUCCUAUCUGUCAGAGAACAACAUAAACACUGGAUGUAACCAGCCCUGUGGCUCACGGUUCAACUCAUUUUACACCAGACUGGUUCAUGAAAACCAGAGUUCCAAGGAGAAGGAACAUGAGCUUAAAACAAAAGUCAAGUUGAAUCCACCAACCAACCUGACUGUCCAUUAUGGAUCCGACUCUAACCUGUGGCUCAGCUGGACCCAGAUUUCUUCUAAUUGUGUGGAAAGUGAAGUUCGCUACAGGAUCAACAACAGGAACUGGGCGUCCUCUCGAGUCAGUAUUGGGAAGCAGAAUUACUGCCUCAACUUACCCUCCCACAGUUCCCUGUAUGAGCUACAGGUGCGGAGCAGAAUAGGGUACGCCUGUGGACUUUCCGAAUUCUGGAGCGACUGGACUGAGCCUGUGGUCUGGGGAUCCAACAAUAGCACGGAUGUGGAAUGUUUGGUGGUGCAUCUGAAAUAUGUUCACUGUUCUUGGAAUAAGCAGGGGACUCCAGAGGUCAAUUACACCUUCUACGGCUGGUUCAAAGGUGCCGACGUCAGUGAGUGCCCCUCCUAUCUGUCAGAGAACAACAUAAACACUGGAUGUAACCAGCCCUAUGGCUCACGGUUCAACUCAUUUUACACCAGACUGGUUCAUGAAAACCAGAGUUCCAAGGAGAAGGAACAUUAUCUUAAAGAAAAAGUCAAGUUGAAUCCACCAACCAACCUGACUGUCCAUUAUGGAUCCGACUCUAACCUGUGGCUCAGCUGGACCCAGAUUUCCCAGAUUUCUUCUAAUUGUGUGGAAAGUGAAGUUCGCUACAGGAUCAACAACAGGAACUGGGCGUCCUCUCGAGUCAGUAUUGGGAAGCAGAAUUACUGCCUCAACUUACCCUCCCACAGUUCCCUGUAUGAGCUGCAGGUGCGGAGCAGAAUAGGGUACGCCUGUGGACUUUCCGAAUUCUGGAGUGACUGGACUGAGCCUGUGGUCUGGGGAUCCAACAAUAGCACGGACCCUAAUAAAAUGAACAGUUCAAUGUCUGUGUGGACCCCAGUGCUGUCUGUGGUGGGUGCUUUUAUCCUCAUCGUACUGGUCAUGAUGUUGCUGCACAAUGAAAGAAUCAGAAUCAUCUUCAUCCCUGUGGUUCCCAAGCCAUCCCCAAACCUUCAAAACAUCGAGGAUUGGUUUAAAUUCCCUAAAGGCCUGAAAGAGGGUUUAAACUACAAUGAGCGUCCCUGCCCUGUGCGUGAGUACUGCCAUGUCCGCCAGUCCGACAGCGAGAGCUCUGACUGCUCAACCUGCUCUGCCACCACCGACCAAACCGACUGCUCCGUCUUCAUCCCUGUGAACGAAUCGGACCUGUCUACUCCCUGCUCCUCUUCCAUCUCACAGUUUUAGUUUCAUCUGAGGAAGAGAAGCAGGUUUCUGUUUAGGAGGCAUCUCAAUCAGGGAUCAGAAAAUGGAUCAAGAUAUGUUUGGUUUCCCCUAUGAGAAGAAACCAGAUAUUUGUUCAAGGCACUGAAAAGCAAUUGAUUCAAUUAAAGCUAUUCAUGUUACAGAAUAUCAACAAUAUGAUGCAGGAGUUACAGGUAAAAAAAA